AUGACCAACAUGGAAGUGUCCGGCAACAAGUCUGCAAGCGCAACACACAACGAGAUCGCAGGUACGAAUGAUAAAACCAAGGCACCUGUACAUCUGUUGCGACUCCUCAAAGAUGCGAACGAUCGUAAUGGAUCGACAGAUUCUGUUCUACAGAAGCUGGGACUUCAUGAUCACACACUCAAUCCUUCCAGUCCAACUUUCGACUUUCAUGAGUGGUCUCGCAUGCUGGUAAAAUUGAGAAGCCAUCUGAACGUACCAACCCCACUGCGUUCCGGAUUCGCUUUCAAGGACUUGACUGUUCACGGGAGUAGCUCUGGUAGUAAGCAGCAAGACACAGUAUGGACACUGCUCACCUUCCCUCUCAAUUUCAGGACUUGGUUUCGUCGAAAGGAGACCAAGCCCAUUCUACUAGGACUGGAUGGUGUGGUUCACAAAGGAGAACUUCUGCUAGUACUCGGCCGUCCUGGUAGUGGCUGUUCAACUUUCCUCAAGACCAUCACAGGUCAGAUGCGAGGUCUUGAAAUGGACCAAUGCUCUAGUCUACAUUAUUCAGGGGUGCCACACGAAAUCAUGGCCAAAGAGUUCCAAGGAGAACUGAUUUACAACGGAGAGGUCGAUGAGAAUCUGCCGUACUUGACGGUUGGACAAACGUUGGAGUUUGCUGCCGCGAUGCGUACUCCAAGAGCUCGGCUCCCGGGGAUCACCCGAAAAGACAGAGUUAAUCAUGUUGUGCAGGUCGUGUUGACUAUCUUUGGUCUUUCACACACUAGGAACACUAUCGUGGGAAAUGAUUAUGUACGGGGAGUCUCUGGUGGUGAAAGAAAGAGGGUCUCAAUUGCAGAAACUGCACUCUCCGAAGCCGCGAUAUCCACUUGGGAUAAUUCUACGAAAGGUCUUGACGCUGAGUCGGCCCUGCAGUUUGUCAGUCGAUUGCGAACUCUUUCUGAUCUGACACAAUCUUCUAAUGCCGCUGCGAUAUAUCAAUCAUCUCAAGCUAUUUUCGAUCUUUUCGACAAGAUCCUCGUCCUAUACAAAGGCAGACAGAUAUUCUUCGGCUCUGCGUCUUCUGCCCCAGCUUACUUCGAACGCAUGGGCUGGUACCGCCACCCGAGACAAACAUCAGGAGACUACCUGACUACAAUUACCGAUCCUGAACAACGAGUAGCAAAGGAGGGCCGCGAGGAUGCUGUACCUCGAACGCCUGAAGAGUUCAGCGAUUACUGGGUCAAUUCUCCGGAAUAUGCUGCGCUUAUGAGCGAAAUUGAUCAGUGUCAGAAAGAUUUCCAUCUUGACCGUGACACCACUCGGAAGCAAUUCCAAGCGACUCGUCAAAGCCUCAAGGCCAAAGGCAUGCUGACUCGAGCUACGCAAACUGUAUCGUUUCCCAUGCAAACGUCUCUAUGCGCCAAAAGAGCAACGCAACAGCUUUGGAAUGAUAAAGGUUCAACUUUGACAACACUUAUCGGCGAGAUUAUUAUUGCACUUGUUGUCGGGUCGAUAUUUUAUGGUACUCCAGAUACAACUGAUGCAUUCUUCGCGUAUGGAUCGGUACUUUUCUUCUCGGUACUUCUCAAUGUCUUGAUGUCUGUCACAGAUAUCCACAACUUGUACAGGGGCCGCUCGGUCAUUACAAAGCAAGUGUCGUAUGCAUUCUAUCGACCGUCAGCCGAUGCCUUGGCCAGCGUUCUGGUAGACAUCCCUGUCAAGUUUGUGGUUGGCGUUUUCUUCAAUGUUAUUCUUUAUUUCCUAGCUGGUCUUGCGUUGACAGCAUCUCAAUUUUUCAUCUUCUUUCUUUUCGUGUUCACAACCACAUUGGCCAUGUCUAUGGUCUUUCGCACUAUUGCUGCUGCAACCGUUACCCUUCCUCAAGCUAUGGCUCUAUCUGGCUUUCUUGUACUUGCUUUAGUCACAUACACCGGCUUUGUUCUACCGAGUCCCUACAUGCACCCUUGGUUCAAGUGGAUCUCGUACAUCAAUCCACUUUCUUACGCAUUUGAGGCAUUGCUGGUCAAUCAGGCCCACGGCACCAAUUAUCCCUGUUCCAACAUCGUUCCCUCCUAUGGAAACUUGCUCGGAGACACUUUCAUUUGUCCAGUUCCUGGAUCAGUGGCUGGGCAGACAUACGUCAAUGGAGACGCCUGGUUCGAGACAAGCUAUGAUUACAGCUACUCCCACUUAUGGCGUAACCUAGGCAUUAUCCUCGGCUUUUUAUUCUUUUUCCUCUUCUUAUAUCUUCUGGUCUCUGACCUCAACGUCAAUAGUUCUGCUGGUGCUGAUAUCAUGGUUUUUCUCGGCAAUCACCAUGCCACAAGAAAAGCUGAUACAAAGCUCAAAGGAAGAGUGGAUGUCGAGCGACCAUUGGUGGUCAAUAACACAUCCCAUGAAAUUUCAGUGAGCGGAGGGACAGUACCACCAGCAAAUCACGCUGUAUUUGCGUGGAGAAAGUUAAACUUUGACGUCAUGAUCAAAGGCGAGCAGAGGCGUCUACUUGACAAUUCAUGUGGUUGGGUAAAGCCUGGCUCGAUGGUCGCCUUAAUGGGAGUAUCAGGUGCCGGCAAAACAACGCUCUUGAAUGCAUUGGCCCAAAGAAUGCCUGCAGGUCAAGUCAGCGGUGAAUUCUUUGUAAAUGGUAGGCCUUUACCACCGUCGUUCAAGAGUGAUGUGGGUUACGUGCAGCAACAAGAUGUCCAUCUUGAAACUUCAACUGUUCGCGAGGCGUUGCAGUUCUCGGCAAUGCUGAGACAACCUCGCGAUGUGCCCGUACGGCAAAAACUCCAAUUUGCUGAAGAGACAAUUCGUCUUCUUGGCAUGGAUGACUUUGCUGAUGCCAUCAUUGGUCUGCCGGGCAAGGGACUUAAUGCUGAGCAACGGAAACGACUUAGCAUUGGGGUCGAGUUAGCCGGGAAACCAUCGCUCUUACUCUUUCUGGAUGAGCCGACUUCAGGCCUUGACAGUCAAUCUUCUGAGGCAAUCCUGUCUUUACUUAGACGGUUAGCAGAAGGUGGAUUAGGCAUCCUAUGCACCAUUCACCAGCCAAGCGCGAUGCUAUUCCAGCGAUUUGAUCGAUUGCUGCUAAUGGCACGUGGCGGUAAGGUCGCAUAUUUUGGUGACAUUGGGAAGGACUCGGAGAUUGUGCUUGGAUACUUUCACUCUCGCAUACCCAGGAAAUGCCAAAAAGCUGAGAAUCCCGCCGAGUACAUACUUGGCAUGUUGGGCAACACGGAGAAUCAAGAGAUUGACUGGCCAGUGUUGUGGAACGAAUCUACACAAGCCACCGCUGUUUUAUCGGAAUUGGAGACUGUUUCUCAGCCUUCAUCAAAGACAUCGCUUCCAGACAGUUCAACCCAGCCUCAUAGGCCCGGAUCCUAUCCCCUCCCAUUGUGGUCUCAACUACCAAUUGUUUGCCGGCGAGUCUUCCAACAAUACUGGCGAUCGACAUCCUACAUUGCAAGUAAAUUCAUGUUGGGUAUCUGUGGAACAUUGUUCAUUGGAUUCUCGUUCUUCCAGCCUGGUCGAUCAAUAUUGGGCACUCAGAACGCCAUCUUUUCCAUUCUCAUGGUCUGUGCAAUGUUUAGUAGCUUGGUGCAGCAGAUCAUGCCCAAGUUUAUUAUGCAGAGGACUAUUUACGAAGUUCGUGAGAAACACUCCAACAUGUAUUCCUGGUUUGUUCUCAUUUUUGCCAACAUUCUUGUGGAGAUACCAUAUCAUAUCAUCCUCGGUGUGACUACCUUUGCGAUAUUCAACUAUACAGUAUUUGGCAUCCGAUCUUCACAAGAUCAAGGUCUAGUCUUGUUGUUCUUUACCUAUUUCUACAUGCUCAUCGGCACUUUUGCAGUCAUGGUCACUGCUCCUCUGCCAGAUGCAACCACAGCUGGCCGUAUCACAACAGUCCUGUUUUCGAUGAUGCUUCUGUUUGCUGGUGUAUUUCAGACUCCGAGCGCGCUUCCUGGGUUCUGGGUGUUCAUGUAUCGUGUUUCCCCAAUGACAUAUCUUGUUGGUGGUAUUGCCGUCUCGGGUCUUGCGGGGAAUCAGGUUGUCUGUUCGCAGUCCGAGCUUGCCAUAUUUCAGCCCCCAACUGGACAGACCUGCGGAUCAUAUAUGCAGGUAUAUCUAGAACAGGGCGCUUCUGGAACCCUGCUCAACCCGGACGCAACUACAAACUGCUCCUAUUGUUCCUUGGUGUCUGCUGAUCAAGUCUUGGCCCGAUCUGAGAUGUACUACAGCGAUCGAUGGAUGGAUUGGGGCCUUGGGUUCGCGUACAUAGCUUUCAAUGUUUUUGCGACGUUCCUGCUUUAUUCGUUGUCGCGUUUGGCAAUUUUCAGCUUGGGGGUAAAGAAGGUUUUACAGCUCUUCAGGCGGGGAAGAACCGAUUAG